AUGUGGCGAAACGUCCCUAUUCCAGGGUCAUUCUCCAUUAACGAUUUCCAGGACAGAGUCAUUAUCUGUGGUCAACUAUGGGUUAUGCAGGGCCAAAAUGAUAUGGGCCAAUGGCGAUGGACCCAUUUCAUGCUCCCAUUCCUGAACACCCCCGAUGGGUUCAAAUUUCUUAUCAACCUUAACUGGAUCGACAAACACGCUGUGAACAGCAUUGAUAAUGCCCCACCAGAAUUCAAACGCCUGGCUUUGAUGCCUGGCGUUAUCAAAGAAGCAGGAAUGAAAUACAUCCUGACCUCAUUUUGGAAGCACCACCCAUCCGACGAGGCUAAGGGGUUUCCGCCACCUCCUCCAGAGGUGAGCACUGUUCCUCCCCUCAACUCCGAGGAUACAUCAAUGAGUGGAGAGUCAAGUUUCGUGGAACAGACUGAAGCCAUUCCACCUGCAACCUUGGCAACAAGGCGCUUCCCUGCAGCUCAGCGCCAGCAUAUGGCAGCAGCUGAGGAUGACGGAGCCGGGCCUUCGACAAAUCCACAGGCUAAUAUGCCCGGACCUAGCAGCGUGGCCUGA